AACCUACCGAACAGAACUUGAUCGUGCCCAUUUCGAGUUUGAUCAAUAUUCUAUUGGACCCAAACCUCUUGCUACAGUACUGGUUACGAAUCUUUCAUCCUUGACUACAGAAACUCAAAUUGCAACUUAUAUGUCAGUUUAUGGUCAAGUGGAACGUGUUGACAUUGAAAGGAAUCCUGCAACUGGUGGAUCACUUGGUAUUGCCUUGGUUGGGUUUGGUGGAAAUGGACAUGCUGCUGCAAAACUUGCCGUAGAAAAAGGAAAUCGUAGAAAAAUGGGUCCUGCCAGUGCUGUCAAAAUUGAAUACGACCCAACUGGUAAAAGAGGAAAAAAAAAAAUUCAUUGAUAUUACCAUAUUGGACAAAAAGAAAAUGCUGACACUAACCUCU